UGAACUCUGAGUUAUCUUUAUUUUUGUGAUUUGUUGUUUUUGUAGUAAGAGCAAUUAUCAUUUUAAAGAAAAUUAUGUUUAUUUAAUUUGUGGUAAGUUUAAUAUUGAUUGCAAAAUACUACACUGGUUUUUUAAGGUUUAACUACUUUUUUGAAAUGUCUGAAUCGUGUAAGGACAACGAAAACCCUCUAGACAUCGACGGAAGCAACUUUAAUUCUGAAAUGUAUUUAGAGUGUCUUCUAAAAUGCGCUACACUUCGCCAAGUUAUGGACAAGGAAGCCGAAGUCGUCACCCAAAGCCAGUUUCUGCAAUCUGAAAUGCAAACGUUAGUUUAUGAAAAUUAUAACAAGUUUAUAUCGGCCACAGAGACUGUCCGUAAAAUGCGUUCGGAUUUCCAAAUUAUGCAGGAGGAAAUGAAUAAAUUAAGCGAAAAUAUAAGCAAUAUUACUCAGUUUAGCUCUAAGAUAUCCGAUAAUUUAAAAGAAAGUGGUAAUAAUGUCAAUAGAUUGUGUAGCACGCGACAGUUACUGGAUAAGCUACAGUUUGUAUUUCUAUUGCCAACUCAAUUAAAUAAAGCGAUUGAAGAAAACAGAUAUGUCGACGCAGUACAUGAUUACACUCAUGCCCAAAGAGUUCUACAAAAGUAUGGCGACCAACCAUCUUUUCAGAGCAUACAAACUGAAUGUUCAGAAAUAAUUUGUGACUUGAAAAAGACACUCCGAGAAAGGCUUCUUACCCCUGACACAUCAGCCUCAGAAUUAGCUGAAAGUGUGGGCUUAUUAAGACAACUACAGGAAUCAGAUUCCUCAUUACAGGAUAUAUUUUUAACCUGCGCUGAAAGUAGACUGGAACAGCACUUGAAAAGUUUAAGUGCUAUUGUGGAAAAUGUAGACAUAUUAGAAUGGGUGGAGAAAUGUAAUAAUACACUAUUGGCUGACUUAGGUAUUGUUAUUUCAUGCUACCACGAUAUAUUCCAAGACAGUGAAAAUGUGAACCUUCCAGAAUUUGCAGAUAGAGUAACGACACAACUGUUCCAUCUCUUCCAAGAUGUAGUUAAAAAACCUGAGAAUAUAGGCACAGAAAUAUUAAUCAGAGGCUUAGAUAAGUUUUUCAGAAAACUGCAAGCAAUGUCUGAAAUUAUCUCAAGUGACACAGUUUCCAAUAAAGCUCAGGAUGUUGUUAUCCAAUGUAUCGACCACAAGGCUUCUAUGCAAUAUCAAACUAUACAGACACAGUUCAAAGAAAAUCUCAUGAGAGUACGACAAUCUCUGGCCAGCAAGGGCACUGAGACUGCUGAUCUCAAAGACAUUUUGAACUCCCUACAAAUACAUUUGAUGCAGAAAGUCCAAGCUUCUUUACUAGAUUUGAUGGCAUUUCUUCAAAACAAUCUUUCAUUUGGCUUAAAACAGUGGUGCGGUAAAGCAGUAGCUGAUGCAUGCUGGACUGUCAUCUCCGAAACCUUAAUAAAUCUCUCUGACAUGGUGAAAAACAUGGCUUCCAUGCAAACAUCAAAUAAUAUACCGUUUGAACUGCUCUUGAUACUUGCAAAAUUAUGUUUGGAGAUGCAAGAAAAUGGAGUGACAACAUUACAUACACACCUAUUAAAACUUUUGGAGGAAUCUGCACCGGGGUUGAAAGUAAAGGAUAAAGACACUAAUAAUGUAAUGGUUAACUUGUCGACAGCAGCUCAAACUGCUUUGGAUUCUGAGGUUGUCUUCAUUGGGCAGAUGGCAGCUCAGAUGUUGAGAGUAUCUGUAUUAGCUAGGGACUGGUUGAGGGCGCCCGAACCUCGAGGUCCUAGGGCUGUAUGUAGGCGUGUGGUAGAAACCCUUGCGAGCGCAGAUACGGCUGCGUCACAACUCUUCCCUACAAGUAUUAAACCGUCAAGUGACUCAAGUCGGAGAACUAUUUGGUCACGUGCCCCAUCAUCGUUUUCGCCUAUAAAUCGCAUAUUUUCGGAGCGAAUCGAGGUUUUUAGCCCCGCUGGCGCAGAUCGGGCCGCUUUGUCAAAUGGAGCAUUAAAAGUAGCACUAAAAGCACUCGUCGAGUGUGUAAGACUGCGAACAUUUAGUCGCCAUGGGUUGCAACAGUUACAAGUUGAUGUGCAUUUUCUCCAGCAAAGAUUAUCAUGUAUGGGGAAUGAUGAAAGGUUGCUGAAUGCUUUGUUGGAAGAUGCUUUAGCGUCGGCCCAAAUACGAUGUGUUGAUCCACAACUUAUGGAACCGAGUAUUGUAGAUAUUAUAUGUGAACGAGGUUAAGUUGUAAACUAAUAUUAUUAAUCUAAGUGUACUAUGUAUUUCGAUAUAAGAGCAUCUAUUAAACUAAUAUAUAUCGCAA